AUGCAGUUCACGAAUAUUUUUGCGAAGCUACAUCCUGUCAAUGGCGGGUUCGGCCUCACGCAACGAAACGGCGUAUUUCUGUCUUCCGCGAAGAACGAAUGGGCCGUGGGGCGACGAUCGACCUUGGACGUCCCUCCCGACAUCUGGAUCGACGACUCGAGGCGCAACACCAGUUCCACUCAUGCCAUCGUGAUAUGGCAUCCUGAGCGCCAUUCGGCUGUGCUCAAGGAUUGCGACAGCCGAAAUGGUUCAUACGUCAACGGAUGCAGAGUGCCACCUGGUCAGUGCGUCGAGUUGAAGGAUGGAGAUAGAGUUUGGUUGGGACCAGUCGACGACUCGCUGUCUUGUGGUGCGUUUCCUUUUGUCACCAUCUGUGGACACGAUUCAAAUGCGGAGGCUACAGGUUUCUCGUACCAAUAUUUAUGGGGAAGCUACAACCCCUUUCUAUCCGAAUACGGGUGCGAAGCGAAGUUAGGUUCAGGCUCUUUCGGCGACGUCUACAAGUUCUUUCGUCGUUCUCGCCCGUCGGAAGUCUACGCCGUCAAGGUUCUCGACUACAGUGAAUCGGGUGGAAGAAACAGCUACGAGGACGUCAUCAUAGAGAUGACUUUGUCCCAGGAAGCUCGUUCUCAUCCAAACAUAUGUGCAGUCAUCGAAGCCUUUCAGGAUGAUGAGCACGACACGAUAUACAUACUUAUGCCGUACAUGGCACUUGGAGAUCUCACGCGACACUUUGGGAACUCGGUUGGCGCCAAUAUCUUUCAAUUCCGGACGAUCAUGAAACAACUGUGCGACGCUUUGACUCAUAUUCACUCGCACGGCAUCGUACACAGAGACGUUAAACCCACGAACAUUCUGGUUAAAUCCUGGUUUCCAUUAGUCGUCGUUCUUACGGAUUUUGGAGCGGCGCACUCAGGGGAGUCACACGCGUUCGAGAUGCACACUCUCGUGGGCACCUUCCGCUAUAUGGCACCCGAAAUCAUACGGCGUGAGGGGUAUGAUCACAAAGUCGACUCAUACAGUUUGGGCGCUACGGGAUUCCACCUGCUCGUCGGUCUUAAGCGAUCCAUAUUCAAAACUGAGAUGGCUCUUUCCGCGGCGGAUCCUAACCCUUGGCUACACUCGCGUGAGGUUCGGUGGGAAUUGGUCGACAACAAAGCUCUGCCAUACCAAGGUCUGCUGAUGCUCGAAGGUUUGCUGGCGAGUCACCCAGUCUCCCGGUGGUCGAUGGCGCAAGUCGCAGACCUGCCAUGGAUCAAAGACUUGGAAGAUAUUGAUGAAGAGCACCUCGACUUAGCGUCUACUAUUGACCUGAAGCUCAACUGCGGAGAGUCCUGCAAACCAGACACGACCGCUGCUGUCAUUCCCGCUCAUACCGGAUUUGUGCCCUCCACCUCCGCCGUGACGGCAGAUGCCAUCCCAGCGUCCCCGGUUUUGCGUCCAGUUAUCUCGUCUUCCGACGUUGGAUCACCGGUGCCCUAUCUCAUGUCGUUGCCGUCGAGUCAAUCUCGCAGUGGAACUCCCGCCGCUAACCGGAUUCAACAGCCGGAUCGACUCGUUCAGGAGGAGAUUCGGAAGUCACCUCGCCAGCAGACCACACAGUAUAAGGAGAAAGUCCGUGAAAGGGUCGAGCAACAGGCUUACGUCGAGGCUUAUCUGUACGGUGUUAGAGCUCGCAGGAGGAAGGUUACGGCACAGAUAUAG